CUCAGCUUGACAAGCUUUUGUACCGCUACAGUGCGUUUGCUAGUUUUAAUAAUUUGUCAGACAAAUUAAAGUUAUUUAUUAUUAUUUAGGAAAAAACAGAAUCUGCUAGUGACCACUACCAAAGCAUAACGAGAUCGUUCUACGAGUGUAGUCUUUCAAAUGAAGCUUCUGUUGUUAGUGUGUUUGAGUUAGCAAAUGACGCAUUGCCUAGAAGUAGCCGACAUAAAGUAGCAAAUGCCCAUGGACGGAAUAUUAUAAUUAAGGACCGAGCACAGUACAGUAAUUAUUAGUGAAAUAUGGAUGCAAUUAAAAAAUCACGUGGGAAACCUAAAUCUUCGAUAUCAGAAAAUGAUGCUACUCCAACAGAGAAUGAAGUAGAUGUAACGGCGCCAAAUUUAAAUGGCGAUAAAAAUGACCAGGAAAUUGAAAAUAAGAAAGAUGAAUCUGUAGCUGAUAGUGAUGAGAAGCUUAAAGAAAACGAAAAACUAGAUGAAAAGAUGAACAGUGACGAGGCAAUAAUUGAUCGAGAGAAGACGAAAGGAAAAAAACGUAAAGCUAGUGAAAUGAAAUCGGAGGAUGAAAAUGCUAAUGAAGAGAACGUUAAAGAAAAGGAGGAGCCUAAGGUUCCGGUAGAACCAGAAAUUAAUAAAAAAGAUGAAACAAACGAUGACCUCAAUCUCCCCCCUAAGCAAUCACUUGGAAAAGGGAAACGAGCCCGAAUUCCAAAUAAACGUUAUAGUGACAUUAUACUUUCACCAAGUGUUCGUAGAAAAUCAACUGAAAAUGGUUCCGAAAAAAUUGAAGCAGAAAAUGAUUUAUCUUUGGAUGUGUCAAUUAAAGACGAAAGUUUUGGAUCUACUGUUUCAUCACUUAAAUCAAGGACGUCCACUGGAAGUCCAUCUCACCCAUUUAAAAAACAAAAAAUUUCUACCGACUUAUCAGAUCCCAAAUAUUUGAAACCUUUUAAAUUUGGUUGGAAACGCGAACUGGUAUGGAGAGCCACUAAUGAUAAUAAUAGUAAACGUAAUGGGGACAUUUACUACUAUACACCUUCUGGAAAAAAAGUACGUUCCAUGAGAGAAGUGGCAGAAAAUUUAAAAAAUAAGGAACUGACGCUGGAUAACUUCACGUUUUUUAAAGAAUCUCUUGGUAUUGAUAAUCCCGAAAAAGAAAUAAUUAGGGAUGCCAAAAAUAAGGCUGGUCCAGUCACUUUGGCAAAAAAAGUAGUAACGAAAGCUAUUAAAUCUCCUAAAAGUCCCAAAUUAACGAGUUCUAGCCCAAAAAUUUCCAGUCCGAAGAUAUCAUCUCCUAAAAUAGGAGGAAAUGAGACUGCCGACAGUCCUAUUUUAAAAACCAAAGCUGCUGCAAAGUCCCUAGGUAAUUUUAAGAUUAAAUUACCAAACAAAAAGGACAAAAAGGCGACAAAAUCUGAAGAGGAAAUGGAAACAGAUGUUACACCUGUUAAAACCACUCCUAGUAGAAAAGCUGGAAAAUGGUCAAAUUUUAACAGUGAUGGAGACAAGCCAUGUCAGCCGUGUUCUAUAAGGUGUGAGGGGGUGCAUGGUAUUAUUCCGACGCUGCAAUGUCGUCUAUGCCUUUGUCUAUACCACCACGAAUGUGUGGGACUAGUGCCCCACCUGACAUUACCAUACGUCUGCAAGAACUGUCACCUAGAACAAGGCCAGAAACCCAAUCAGUCUACGACAAUUGUAGCUCCACCACCUCUAACACCUAUUAGCACUUUGAAAUCGUCUGGGGCACAAUCCAAUGUUUUACCUAAACUUCAACGAAUUCCUCGUCCUAUCGAUCCACCCUAUCCACAAGAAUCAUUACUAAGCAACGAUCAGUUGCCGGAAUUGCCUCGUUUGACUCCUAAACCGCAGCUGUUACAAUCUGCUCCAGUUACUACUGAAUCAUCGUUAAAUGUUCAGUCUUCCACGGAAAACAAAUCUCUCGUUGGCUCAGUCACUACUUGGUUACCGCACAAUUCCAAAAUUGUAGAUAAUAUUCAGAGAACCAGCGAGGAACCCACCGAGGUUCCUAGGCCGCAAUAUGUGGAAUUCUUAGGUGGGAGAAAGUUUCUCGUUAUACCCAAACAUAAUUUUAUGUCAGUAUCUCCUUCAGUGGCUGCUACAGCCAUAAGUAGGCCAAAUAGUAAUAAUGUUUCGGAAGCUGCGGAAACAACAACAGUUCCCACCGAUUCGGCUAGUUUAGGACCCGAGACUGACGUCAAUGUUAAACCCGAACCCGAAUCCCCCUCUAAACCAGAAAAUACCCAAACCCCUGAAGCUAUGGAGGUCGAUAACACACCCAGUGAGCCUGCCACUACAAUGGAAGUGGAGCAAAAGUCUGGUGAAGAUGGGAAAGUUGUGGAUGAGAGUCCAGAGGCAACCGAAUCACCCAUAAAGGCAAAGAAACGUACAAGCAAACUAGGCAGCAUAACAAAUGCCGAAGAAAAGGACGAGUCCAAGUUCAUGGAUAAUUACUUACAGAACCUAUCGUACGGAUACAAUACUCUGCUAUAUGUAUUCCAGUACCUAAAGGUGCAGGAUUUGUUAAGAGCCGGGUGUGUUUGUACAAUGUGGCGGGAUAUAGCAAGUCAUCCUAUGUUAUGGAGGACAGUUCGUAUGAAAAAUUCCCAAGUGCACAGCUUCGAAGGGCUUGCGAACACGCUGAAGAAACACGGUACCUAUCACUUAGACUUACGUAAAAUGCUCCUCCCGACGGGGGGCGACGAAAUAUGGCCGCAAUUCUCGAAAGCCAUAGAAAAAGUUGACACGUUGAGGAGAAUAGAGUUGUGCAGGUGUCCCGCUUCAGUUGUUGAAAAAUUGGCUGUGUCCAAUCCUCAGUUGGAGGUUAUCAAUGCCGUGACGAUUAAGUGUGAAAGCAUGGACUUGGAGCCAUUGAAUGCUCUGACAAACAUAAAAGAGUUGCGUCUGAAAUCCACGGGGGGGCUGACGCUCACUUCCAACAUCGAUUCUUUAAAGGACAUGAAGUUUAUCAAGCACCUUUCACUAACUUCCAUCAGGGAUUUGAAUACAAUGAACUUGAGCGUCAUCGCUGGCCUCACCAAUUUGGAGUCGCUGGAUUUGGGUGAAUGCACAGAUUUUCCAAGAAACUUUGGGAGCGAUAUACUCGUCAAACUCGAGAAGCUGGAAAAACUCAGGUUGGAAAAGGGACAGGGGAAUUGCCACACAUUCGAGAUACUGGAUGCAGUGAAAGACAUGAAUCAUCUGGAGCAGCUGGAAUUGGUUAACUUUGACAUAAAGGCAGGGUUCGAUAAGGCUCUGGGGGCCUGCCAGAAUAUUAAGAAGUUGCUCAUCAUACCGACGUAUAUCUCUCAAAGCGCUACUACUAAUCACAUGGUCUUGGGCGGAGUACUGCGACUGCAGAAGACAUUAUCACAUUUCGUGUGGGGCGUAACAUUGGAGUUGCUGAGGGUGACGGAACUUUUCGUGGACCAGUGCGAGGAACCCGAUAAGAAAGACAAGAAAGAAAAAAAGCCCGUGGGGAACGGAGACAGCAUUCCCGUUUUGAAGCCGGUACCGUUAUUGAACGAUAGAGAAAACGAAAUCGCCCCGGCGCACGAUCCCCCCCAGGUGGAGAUACUGCCGCUACCAAAUUUACAGAAGUUAUUGUUACAGAGUUUGCCCACCACGAGAGUGAAGAUAUUAAAAAUCCCCUUUCACGCCACCUGGCGGCAGAGCAUAACAGAUUCGGUGAAUUAGCCAUAGCAGUGUUUUGUCUACAAAUUUGUUCUAGGUUAGAUUCUGUACUAAUAAUGUAAGAAUUAGCUUAGAGUACGAGUAUUUCCUUUUAAUUAUUUUGAUAGUUUAGAUUUGUACAUUUUACGUUGUAUGAGAGGUGAUUACCUUUGGUUAUUUCAUUUGGAAGGUAAUGUAAAUAAUACAUAUUGUCCAUAUAGUUUGGUCGUGCUUUUUUUUAUUACUUCCGUUAUUAUAGAUGGACUAUUCAUAACUGAAAAUUUUUAUUUUCGGUCUCGACAAAGUAAAUUAUUGUAAACUUUUCAAUAAAUAUUUUUUAAAGUUUCCAA